AUGGCCAACUAUCACCGUCGCAUUGCCGCACUCCCACCGAGUCAUUUAUCAGAGGAAGAUAGUCAUUUGAACUCCUCAAAACGCUCUACUUACAGAUAUGAACGGGGGUCAAACACGCAAUGGCUAGUUGAGACCCUCCCAAUUCUUGUUAAAAGGACUGCUCAUCAUUCUCCAAUCUCGCGUGGCACAGCUUCUUCACCCCCCAAAAGUAGUAAUUUGCCUUGCCCGGCAUCGUCCCUGCGUAGACCUGUCAACAAUUCACCAGUUUCGGUCUCGUCUUCACGGUUCCGGCUCGGAAAGGAAUCUGUGAAUCUAAAGUUAUCCCCACGCACCAGAACCAAUGAUGCAAAUAGUGCCCCUUCACCAGACCACUCGUCCAAAGGUCCACAUUCGAAUUCUCAAUACACGAAAAUCGCAGCUUCAACAGCACAUAGAAUACCCUCAAGCUCACCGGCCUUGACCUCAUCCCUACUUCACACCGAUGAUAAAAGGGGCAGACUUCACCAAAGACGUAAUUUCCUGCCUGAAUUGACAGCUCGCGACAUAGAGUUUCUAGAGAAUUCACAGUCUUCUUCUUCAAACUCAUCGGCCCCGUCUUUGUCAAAACGAAACCAGGUUAGCAAUUUACCAUACUCAGCUUCAUCUCCAAACACCAAGAAUUUAUCAGACUCCAAUGAAAACACUCCGCCAGUUCCGUUUGCCCCUAGAAGUGAAUUGCAUGAAAGAGUCUUGCAUGGUCGUCGUGGGUCUGCACACACCAACAAUUACUACCCGCAUCCGCUAUAUAGCAAUCCUACCGUUGCUAGCUCUGUCUUAACUGCUUCUGCAUCCAGUACGGAUAUUAGCCAACCACAUUCUCAAAAUCAGAGAAUGCCAGAUCGUGGCUCCUCAAGGAUUCCAAGCCCCACAUCAGGAUCCAACUUGAAGUCUACUAGUCGUCGACAUCUUCAUUCUCCAGUGAGGAGAGCUAUAGAGAAGGGAGAAGAAAGUCGAGCACGAAGAUGGCACACUUCACCAGUUUGGGGAUUACCACACAUUCAAACCAAUAGAACAUCUCCUGCGGGAUCAUACCAAACUGCUUUCAAAAUAUCGGAGCUGACACCGGAGCCAAAACAGGAAUCGACUUCUCUUCCCAAAUCAAAAACGUUUGGUGUCUUCUCUACGCUCAAGAACUCAUCCUCUAUUCAAUGGCUUCAUAGUAAUCGCUCAACGUCAAACCCCACUCAUUCUGCAGGCCCAACUAUCUCGACAACAAAAUAUUCGCCGAUUCCGGAGUUUACAACAAAUACACUUCAGGUUCAUACUGCUCAGCCUUUUGCUUACUGGUGCGGUCGAUUUCAAGCCGUGUCAGACCGGUAUCAGAGCGAAGAUUUUCAUGUUUGUGUCAUCAAUCCCCUUCCUGUUCCACGAGAUAGCGAUAUCAAACGUGAAAAGCCAUCCUCUCACCACCGACGCGCCGGUAAGACACUCCGGGAAGCCAGUUCUCCAUCGAAUUCUGAUUCGCCGGCCCCAUUCCUGGAGAGAUCCCACAGGAAGACCCCAGUCAAAUCACAUAAGACUGUUCUCGCCUUCUCAACUCCAGCUCACUUUCUUGAGGAUUUUGAUAAGCGAGCUCAGAAGGUCAUGGUGUUUCUCGCAUCAUUGUGCUGUACAAGUCCGGCUAAGAAGAGUCUCAGGGAAUGGCAAAUUCAAUAUGCUACAGUAAUGAAGAAUAAAGCUCUAAUGCCUAGAAAUGAUGCAGAUGAUAAGGGCUUCUUUGGGAGGAUGGGAAAAGUCAUUAGUGACGGUGUUAAUGGAAACAAAAACGGUACAAACGGAAGAGGAACUGUAAUGGGAAAGCGAAGCGCUUUUAGCCUCCGGAAAGGUGGUAGAAGUGCAGCGGAAGAUCGCUAA